GAUUAUCAGUUGCCAGCAGCCCCUCUCUUGGCUCCUUGACACGAGCACCAUAUAAGGCGCAGCGAUCUCCAUAGAAACGUGUCAGUUUCAAUAGUAGUGUCAAAGUUCACUAUAUACAGACAUUCGCGCAGAUCUCCGUUUCGGAAACGCUGCUCCACUGGUCCUCCCGUUAAAACGCAUUCAUUUUUGCUGGGGUCUCCUGCUUCUUGCAUAUUCUAUUAGUUGUUUUUUUUCUCUCUCUCUCUCUCUUUAUCCUCGCUCCGUUCCGACUGGAGAGGUGAAACUGCAAUAGGCUCUCGGGCGACGUUGUUUUUCUGCUGGACCAGAUGAGCUUUAUUCAUGAACAUAGAUAGAGAAUUUCGCUCUUCAGUGUUUCCUUCUCUCCAACCACGAAGACGGAGAAAGGAGCGGAGAAGGGAAAAAAGAAGGGAAUUUAUUUCGCAUCGCACUUUGGAUCUCGGAGCCACCAGCGAGUUUUUUACAUUUUUUAUUUCGCCGUCAAUGUGAAGAAUAUUUAUUAAGAUAUUUUAAGAAAAAAAAAACUGAUUUCCGUUACGUCUGGCUUCGCUUUCUCUACGCGACCGGGGCUCCCGAAUGGCUGACUGCGAGCUACCUUGGAACUGGCCUCCCGACAACUGCAUAUCCUAAUCGGGUGCCUUGUUCUGCGACUCUUCGCAUGCUGUUUUGAAUGCAUCGAUUGUUUUAGGUUUUUUGCUGUUUUUUCUUCUUCGUCUUCUUCGUCUUCUUCUUGUUCUUUUUCUUCCUAUGAGAUUGACCGCUCCGGCUUGACUUCCGCGCUGCCGUUUCCGUCCGCGAUUCUCCCCUUUGCAAGCUCCGACGUCCGAGCGACCGGUUCGCUUGAAAGCACUUUUCGGGCCCGAGAUAUGGCAAUGGUAGUUAGCGUCUGGCGCGAUCCGCAGGAAGACGUGGCCGGAGGAGCGGCGAGCGGCCCGAACCCCGCAGCGCAGCCGGCGAGGGAGCAGCAGCAGGCGGCGUCAGCGGCACCGCACACCCCGCAGACACCCAGCCAGCCGGGAGCGCCGUCCACCCCAGGCACGGCCGGAGACAAGAGCAGCCAGAACUCAGGCCAGAGCCAGCAGCACAUCGAGUGCGUGGUUUGCGGAGACAAAUCGAGCGGCAAGCACUAUGGCCAGUUCACCUGCGAGGGAUGCAAAAGUUUCUUCAAGCGGAGUGUCCGGAGGAACUUAACGUAUACGUGCCGUGCCAACAGGAACUGUCCUAUUGACCAGCACCAUCGCAAUCAGUGCCAAUACUGUCGGCUCAAGAAGUGCUUAAAAGUGGGCAUGCGGCGGGAAGCGGUUCAGCGAGGAAGGAUGCCUCCAACCCAGCCGAACCCAGGCCAGUACGCGCUCACCAACGGGGACCCUCUGAACGGCCACUGUUACCUCUCCGGAUACAUCUCGCUACUGCUGCGUGCCGAGCCUUACCCCACGUCCCGGUACGGCAGCCAGUGCAUGCAGCCCAAUAAUAUCAUGGGGAUCGAGAACAUCUGCGAGUUGGCGGCUCGCCUCCUCUUCAGUGCCGUGGAAUGGGCGAGGAACAUCCCUUUCUUUCCCGACCUGCAGAUCACCGACCAGGUGUCACUUCUCAGACUCACAUGGAGCGAGUUGUUCGUGCUAAACGCGGCGCAGUGCUCCAUGCCGCUACACGUGGCGCCGUUGCUCGCCGCCGCUGGCCUGCACGCGUCGCCCAUGUCCGCCGACCGCGUCGUGGCCUUCAUGGAUCACAUUCGCAUCUUCCAGGAGCAGGUCGAGAAGCUCAAGGCCCUGCACGUCGACUCGGCCGAGUAUAGCUGCAUCAAAGCCAUCGUGCUCUUCACGUCAGACGCUUGCGGCCUGUCGGAUGCGGCCCACAUUGAGAGUCUGCAGGAGAAGUCUCAGUGCGCUCUGGAGGAGUAUGUGAGGAGCCAGUACCCGAACCAGCCGAGUCGCUUCGGCAAGCUGCUCCUGCGACUUCCCUCACUGCGUACCGUAUCUUCAUCCGUCAUCGAGCAGCUGUUCUUCGUUCGCUUGGUAGGUAAAACUCCAAUUGAAACCCUCAUCAGGGAUAUGUUGCUAUCCGGGAGCAGCUUCAACUGGCCCUACAUGUCCAUUCAAUGAUCCCAGCGAGCGUGCGAAACAAUAAAAAAAAAAAAAAAAAAACCGAGAGACUAAAGGACCAAAACUCUACAACCCUCCUUUCAAGAAGACUAUAUCUAUAUCUAUAUAUAUAUUAGAGGACCUCGUUUCUGAUCACAUUGGAAGACUUUCUUUUUUUUGUGUUGGACCGAAAUGGAAUACUACGUAAUGUACAAAGAUAAAAGCCCCGGACUUAACUCCUAUGUAAAUCCAUCGUCAUCGUCAAGAACACUCUCCAUUUUUGUAAAAUACUAGUCUUUAUUUUCCUUUUUUUUGUAAGAAAAGAAGAAAAAUCAAAAACAAAAUACGUACAGAUAAAUUGAAGAACAUCAUAUGCGCAGUAAAAAUGAAUCAAAACCUAGCGGGAAAGUAACGUUCCCAAGCAAUUAUAAGAAAUGUCCUGUGUCUGUGUAUCUCUGUUUUGUAUUUUUUCUGGUUCUAAACCAGUAUUUUUCUGUGAUUCUCUACUAAUGAUUUUGAUAUAACAUUUUGCUUCUUAUACUGAGUGCGAUAUAUGUUGUUGAAGCUAUGUUCUCCAAGAAUUAAAAUUGAAGUGACAAUUUAAAACAUAAAAAAAAAAUAAAGAAAAUUUUAGACAAAUAAGAAACAGUCUAAUCGCUAUGACAAUAUCACUGAUGGUUGAACUCCCCCACCCCCCCACUCCCUCCCCCCUGCCCCCCCGCCCCCAAUUGAUGCUCUAUGGACAUGCAACUGCGGCAAACCUGACCUCAUGGACAAUUGAAGGAGAGGACGCCUUGGUCGUGUGUGUGAGUGCGUGUGUUGAGUCAAUCAUCAGUCAAAGAGGAAAGACAUGGAAAAUUAAAAGCACUUUUAAUAUAUCAUUUUCAAAAAUACAUUUUGUUUGUUUUGUCUUGAUAUUUUCGUUGUUUCUUUUUUUAUUGGUUGUUGCUUCCAUUUUGCUCAAUCCAUGAUAUGUUUGUGCAGAAGGGUCGCUUGAUGAAGUUGUGUGAUGGUGACUAUACUAUUAAAAAAAAGAAAUAGGCAACCAUGGCUCUCUCUGAGCAGAUUUCAUGUGGUUCAUGUUAUUUAGAUGUCACGUUGAUGGCGGGUUUCCGGUGUGUUGCUUCAUUAUUAUUAUUAUUAUUAUUAUUAUUAUUAUUAUUAUUACAUUGCAAAAUUCUCCAUAUUAGACUUUCCCUUUACUAAAGAACACGAUACACACAUAUGUGCCUAAUUACACCACAAGACAUGAAGCAUUUUUUUGUAAUACUUUGGAAUAAUUGCCCCAGCUGCAACUUUGUAACGAGGGUUUUGUCCAUUUUUUAUUAGAUGAAUGAGACUUGUUACAAAUGCAGCCGCACAAUUAUACAUGGGGUCCAUUUUCUAUUCUGUGCAGAUUUUUCAGCUUUACA